AUGCCCGAGAACAAUUCUUACGAUGAUUUUGGCAAGCAUCUCGGAACUCUCGUGUCGCAGCCAUUUGUGACGUCCAUAUCUCGAAGAUGUCUUGCUCGAGAUUUCCACAAUCAAAAAGGACUCAAUUUAACGGAUAGUGUAUAUCAUCGGAACUCGAAGCUGGAAAAGGCUAUUCUCAAAACGACGUUUGACAAUGAGACAAAAGCGAAGAUGUUCUUCAUUGCUCGGAACCAUUCGAAGAGACGUGAGCCACUGUCUGGAGGAGAUGCUCGGAUUUCAAAACCAACAACUUCGAUGAGACAAAAGCGUGGACGAGGUCGCCCUCCAAAGAAGACUCGACGUGCUCGAAAUGGUAACUCCACGCAGACUCUGUCUCCACUCUAUCACUUGUCGGUCCGGAAUUUCUUGAUCAACACUGCUAAUACCACAAAGAAACCCAUAAGCAAGACGAUUUUAUAUGAAAACUUCAGUCGCUUAGAUGAUUCGAAGAGUAAAGAAGUCUUUAAUAUGGUAUCCAAGUCAGUCGUGCAAACGAUUUUGGAGUCUGAUGAAGACAUUGUAAUGAAAGCAAAACUGUGUUUCAUGAGUGGAGAAAAAAUCAGUGAAUCACUGGAAACUCAAUUGAAACAACAUGGGGAUCUUCAGUUGAACGACGAGCGUCAAGUCAUGCAAUUCCUUUCGGGAGAUGGAAUAGUCGUUUUUGAAGUCAACAUGGAAAAUCGCAGAAGACGCAAUACAGAAGAAAAUGAACCAAUGGAAGAAGAUGAAAAUGCUGGAGAUUUGAAUGAUACAAAUGAUAACGGUAUGCCAGUUGGAAUCAAUUUCGAUGUGCAAGAUAUCGAACAAAAUGCUGAGAUGAUGAGAGAUAACGAUUUUGUACCGCCAGGCAGAUGUGUCAAAAUUGAAGUUCCGAGUGAUUCGGAAGAAGGAAAUGACUGGGCAGAUCGGACACAGAAUCGAAUCGGUCAACGAAUGAAAACAGCUGAAGAAAGAGCCAACACUGCUUCGAAUCCCUCAACGUCAACUGGUCUUAGAGAGCCGAAAGUGGAGGAUCCGACUACGACUGCUCUUAAAGUGCCAAAAGUGGAAGAUUCAGAUUCGACUGGUCUUAGAGCGCCGAAAGUGGGAGAUUCUGAAGAUGCAGUGGCGGCAAAGAAUGAUUUGGAGAAAAAGUCAACUCCAAGCAUUUCAACCACUGGCUUGAAGGUCCCAAAGAUUGAAGAGCCGUGA